AUGGCCCAUUUUCCCUUCUCCGACCUCAACUGGAGAUGGAGGAGGAGGGCAAAACCAUCCAGGAAAGGAAGGGAUAGGGAUGGAGCAGCAGUGGAGGGAGUGACGGACCCCAUCUCGAUGUCAAAGGAAAAAGUUUCGUUUGCGAUUCGCAGCAAAUCCAAGUUCAGCGACAUGUGGUCGCUGAUAAUGCUUUCAUCCCUUCCCCGAUCCCUCCAUAAUGCUUGCAAUUUACUCUCCCGUCUGUGUGUGACGAUAGAUGAACCAACGGUCAAGAGGUCGGACUUCCCAUGUGAUUUCUUGUUUGGAAUUGCCACUUCUGCUCAGCAGAUCGAAGGAUCUGCAGCAGGUGGUAGGGGACCAAGCAUUUGGGAUGACUUUGCUGCUCGAGGUUCUCGCAAGAUCCAGGAUAAGAGUAAUGCAUCGGUUGCUAUAGACUCAUAUAAUCGUUACAAGGAAGAUGUAGGAAUCUUGAAGGAACUCGGGGUAAACACAUACAGAUUCUCCAUCUCCUGGAGCAGAAUUCUUCCUCAAGGAUCAGUCAGUGGUGGAAUAAACCAACAGGGUAUUGAUUAUUACAACAAUUUGAUAAAUGAAUUGGUAGCAUCCGGCAUCAAACCUUUUGUCACACUGAUGCACAAUGACUGCCCCCAAGCCUUGCAGGACAAGUAUGGCGGAUUCUUAAGCCAUAAUAUAUUGAAUGAUUUUAGGGACUAUUGCGAGAUUUGCUUCAAGACAUAUGGAGAUAGGGUAAAGAACUGGAUUACCACAAAUGAGCCACUAGCUACGGCUCUAUUUGGGUAUGACCUUAUUCUCUGCACCGGUCGGUGUUCAACUCCAAACUGUGAUGCCAGUAACUCUUCUACAGAGCCUUACAUCGUAGCCCACACUCAUUUGCUUGCACAUGCAACUGCUGUUAAGCUCUACAGAGGAAAAUUUAAGGCUGACCAAAAGGAGAAAUUGGAAUUAGCCUCGUGGGAAAAAAAUUAUUUGCCAUACUCGAAUAGUUCAGAUGACAAAGCUGCAACAGAGAGAGCUAUGGACUUCGCUGUGGGUUGGUUCCUUGAUCCGUUGGUGAAUGGAGAUUAUCCAAGCAUAAUGAGAAGCGUGGUGAAAGACAGAUUACCCACUUUCACUGCAGAGGAGAAGGAGAUGGUGAAGGGGUCUCUCGACUUCAUUGGUAUCAACUACUAUUCAACACAGUAUGCUCGAAACACCCCAGAAAAUGAACGCAAAGUGGGAACUAGCUACUCUUAUGACUCGUUCGUGAACGAAACUGGGAUUGAGUGGAUAUAUAGGUAUCCAGAUGGUCUGGUGCAAAUUUUGGGCCAUGUAAAGCAGAAGUACCAAAACCCAAAGAUUUACAUUACUGAGAAUGGUGUCACUGAAGAAAAUGUAGGGGGCCGUCUAGUGCCCGAAAAGCUGAACGAUCCUCACAGGAUUGAUUGCUUGAAGCAGCAUCUCGCACGUGUCCUUCAAUCGAGGAAGAACGGAGUGAAUGUGCAAGGAUACAUCCACUGGUCACUCGCUGACAACUGGGAAUGGGGCUCGGGCUUCAAACCGAGGUUCGGGCUUUACUACACUGACUAUGAGGACAACCUCAAACGCCAUGCUAAAAAAUCUGCCGAAUGGUACAAGGCUUUUCUGCAAGGUGGCCACUAA